AUACAAAUGUUAAUAAGUAAAAUCAUUUUUAUAGGUGCAGGUGGGUUCUUAAUUUAAUAUUGAAUUCUACAACGGCAACAGAAAACAGCACACAGCUGAUUAAGCAGAGUGACCGUAUUCUGUAAAAAUUCGCAGUUCUCCCCUAGUCGUUUUGCAACACUAACUACAUUUUGCAUUGACGCCGCAAUUUUUACCCGUGCAAACCGCUCCUUGGCCAACUAAAUUACUAAAAUGCAGAAUGCGGGCUCAAACUGGCAGGAUCUCCGACCUAGAGAACGCAUGGAAUAUUUGCUGAAGACCGGCCACUUGUCGGAUUGCAGUUUUGUUGUCUAUGAUAACGAUGGCAAAAAGGUGAUUUUAAAAUAUCACAAAUUUGUGCUUAUGAGUGUUUCGCCAGUUUUCGAGCGCAUGUUUGAGGGCGACUUCGAGGAGGCAAAGAUACCCGAUAAUAUUGUCCUUGACGAUGUGUCGGGCAAUGAUUUCAAGAAAUUUAUGGAAUAUUUGUACUGGCACGAUAAUCGUCGACUAGACACAUAUGAUCUGCAGACACUGCAAACGUUGAUUUAUCUAAGCAAAAAGUUCAUGGUAACAUUUUUUACCAACAAUUGCUUGAAUGUGAUCAAACGUCGACUGUCCAGUGGUUUAGAAGCGGAUGUGACAAUUGAUUUAUUCGAGUACAGCCACCAGCUUGAAGACGAAGAACUAGUCACUAACAUUAGAUCUAAAUUUCGUUUUAAUCCAGAUGCCUACAUCAACGCGGCAGCAGUUUUUGAUCUUAGCUCGGAGGUCUUUUUAAAAUUUAUCGAGGAAUUUAAUGAUAUUGUUGGGGAUAAGCUACGUUUUAGUGUAAUAGAUCGUUAUUGCAAAAUACAUGGUCUAGUGGAAAGCUCAGAACAAUUUUCACAAAAUACUUCAAUCGUUGAUAGUGAUCACGAUGAUGAAUGUGGAGAUUAUUCACCAGUCAUCAAAAAAGUUAAGGCCUUAGUAGAGGCACCAAAAACAGAUAUUAAAAAUGCGGAAGAAACGGAACGAGAUAUAGAGAAUGAAUCAUUCAAGAAAGAUGAAAAUGAAAACGAUACGGAAAAGAGUACAGAUCCAAAUACAGAGCAAAUUACAAAAGAACAAAACGAUGAAAAAGAGCAGAAGAAAAAAGAAGAGUAUAUUAGUAACCUAUUAAAAUCUAUUAAAUUUACCUCGAUGACAGCGUAUGAUUUUUGUGCUGGCCCAGGAACGUCUAAUUUACUCACAAUUGAAAAGAAAUAUGAAGUGCUGUCGUCCAUCUGCAUUGCCGAAUACAAAAUGCAUUUGUUAUCAUCUUUUUAGUCAAUAAUGUUUUCA